GAGUUGUUCACUGCAUUUCUUAUUCCUCUUUGCAUCUUCGUGGCUACUGCUCUUGUUUUUGCUUAAAAAAAAAAUUUAUUCACUCUCAUUUACUUCAAAUAUACAAUUCCUCUCAUUCAACUAAACUAAUCAACUACAUUCCCAUCCUUUCCUUGUGUAGUAGAUCAUUUUCAACCUCAUUUAAGAAUAUGGAUCAUUAUCCCGUUAUAGUGUAUUGGGGUGGGGAAGUAAGUUAUACUGGAUCCGAUGUUGGGUAUAAUGGAGGAUUAAAUACAGUGAUGUUUAUCCAUCGUCAAUAUAUGACUUUUGAGGUGUUUGUUAGCAAAGUCUAUGAUGUAAUUGGUUGUGAUCGCAACUCUUUUAUGUUAAAAUUGGAGAUGAAAUAUCCGAUGACUGGGAAAAAUGUGUUAGUCCCGAUUAAGAAUGAUGAAAGCAUAAGUGCUCUUGCUUAUGCGGCAUCACAAGCCCCUGGAACGGCAAUGGAGGUUUAUGUUGAAUUGGUUGCAAAUUUGGAUAAUGCGAGGGAAGUCAUGACUAGCAUGGAACUUCCAAAAUCAAGUCCUAAUGUACGCCAUGAUACAUUAUCCAAUAAUAGAAACUUCCGUGUAAUUGAGUCGGAGCCUUCAAAGUACGUUAUCCAAUGCACUAAUGCGGAGGAUAUAGGUUGUGAAUGGAGGAUGCGAGCUGUUAUGACCACAACGGGAUCAUUUAAGAUUGUAGUUUAACAAGCUUUGUAUAUUCUUAUACGACUUGAACUUCUUGUAUGA